AUGUCUGUGCAAACUCAAAAUGAUCAAUUUUAUCAAGCGGUAACUUAUGUAUUCAAAUCUUGGACCGCUUUAAAAUUAGCGGUGGAGAUGCAAUGGGGUGGUGUUGACUCUGAGGACAAACGUGAUUGGUUUGUAGAUGUUGUUGUGGAAUACUUUGGGAAACAUGGCAAAGGAACACACGCAGAAGACAUAGAAUCAAUUUUGCAACAAGUAAUGGCGGAUGAAUUUAAUACUUUGCUGGAAGAUGAUUCUGCCUAUCAG